AGUGAUAUAAUAUAUGGCCAACAAUCAAGGAUCGUCGACAAUCAAAACGGACAGUCAAAUCUCACGGGAUGGUAGUUCAAUCGAUAGCCAAACGGGAGUAUUGCCCAAAAAAAUAGCCAACAAAGGUUAUGCUUUGGGCGAAAAGGUUGGCGCCGGUGCGUACGCCACUGUAUAUAAGGCCACAUGGAAUAAGAUGCCCAACAAACAGUUGGCCUGCAAGUACUUCGACCUCACGAUCAUCAAUAACAUGGAAUGGCGGGAAAAAUGUCUGAAAAACGAGUUGAAAAUCGUCCGAAAGUUCAAACACCAGCACAUUGUCCGGACGUACGAAGUAUUCAAAACCCCUCACCACGCCUUCAUAUUCAUGGACUUUAUGGCCAACGGUUCGAUUGCCGAUUAUCUCGAACGAACAAAACGACCGAUAGAUGAAAAACGGGCAAAAAAGUGGUCGCACGAUGUGUUUGAAGCGUUAGCUUAUUUGCACGGCAAAGGUUUGGCCCACAGAGAUAUCAAACCGGAUAACAUAUUGUUGGACAAAGAUUUGACAGAUGCGCUGCUCACAGAUUUCGGGUUUUCCUGUUUUAUAGCCAACAAUCCCAGCGAUCGGCUCAUGAAGGGUACGAUAUGCGGUACACCGGUCUACAAUGCACCGGAGGUACUGUCGCUCGACAAAGGCAUGGUCUACGAUGCAAAACAGGCCGACAUGUACUCAAUGGGUGUCACACUGUUUGAAAUGCUUGACUAUUACAAGCCGUUUGGCAACAGUGUUGAGAAUGAUUUUGUGUCCAAACAAAACAACCGGAAAUAUAAAUUUAAAAAAGAUGUAUCACUUGUGGCCCAGAGUCUGUGUAAUAGUUUACUGGAACCCAAACCCGACAAACGGAUUACGUCCAGUGCAGCGCUGGAGCACAACUGGUUCAAGUGAUUAAUAUUAUUAGUUAUAACAUCAUCCCGGGGUCAUCAACAAUA